GAGAGCCCAACUUCACUUUCGUCACAGCAUCCUUUAAUCUCUUCUGCUGAUAAUUGAAUUCAUGAACUUGUGUAUGCUUCUGCAAAGCGUAUGCUAGAUGAUAGACAUACUUAAAUGUUCUGGAAAUCUGACUUCAAAAAUGGAGGUAGAAAUGUCAUAUACCUACUUAAUUCAGAUCAAACAUUUUUAUUACUAUCUUCAUAUUGUUUAUCAUUGACAAAGUACUAUAGUUUGAUUUUCAAGCAAGUUACCGUUCAGCUUCUUUCUCUAGCAGAAGAAGGGAAUAUGGAGAUGUUAGAUGAAGGAGCCUUCCGUAAAAGUGACAUGCAGGGGACCUUACUGUUUGUUGGGGAAACAUUUUCUCGUAUAUCUCGACUUGGAUCUGUAGAAGUGCUUUUAAGUGAAAUAAUCCCAAGGAUUCUUAGACAUGUCUGGUGUUUGUCAUCGCCAACUAUGGACUCACUAGGUUCAGAUGUUCUGGAAUCAGACCCGGGUUCCAUAUUUUGGUUGAAUCUUAUUCAAGCAAUCAAAGAUUCAUAUGCUGUGGAAAGAAUGUCUGAGCAACUUUUACAUCAGCUUGCAGCUGAACAAGUGGGUGAUAUUGAAGCUUACUGGGUUCUUUGGCUAUUAUUUCUUCGGGUUUUUCAAAUGCCAAAUAUCAGCGAGGUCCAUGUUUACUGACAAGUUUUUAGUCUGGAAAGUAUUUCCUGUUUGUUGCAUUCGAUUGAUCCUUCAAUUUUUCGUACUUGAAUGCACACCAGAUUCAAAUUCACUUGCUAAAGGUCAUAAUACCCGCAAUUUCUUAGACACUUUACAGCAUCUGGUAGAGGUAUGGUCUGAAAGGGAGUUCCCCAGUCGAGCAGCAAAUAUGUAUCCUUCAUUUCUUCUCCUAGCAUCUCAAAGUAGUCGGCAAUGCAAUGAUUCUUAAUUCCUAAUCUUCACAACAGAAAAUGUUGCAGGACAAGCUGGUAUUUUGCAGAGCUAAAAUAACCAGAUUUGUGCUUGAAGAUGCAUGGUUCUGUGCAGCAGUCCUUCAAAGCAAAUGAAGAAAAAGCCAGAGUCAACUACUAAUUUGCCCAGAUCAUGAAAUGCAGCAGCCACUUUACAUUAAAACGCAAUCCAAAAUUUAGAUUAGCGUUUUCAAUUUUAAAACUAUCAUGAAAGAUGGAAUAUGAGAGCCUAAGCAAACUGUGUAACAUUGUUCCUUUAUAG